AUGGCCCGGGAGGACCCGCCAGGCCGCGCCCCAGGCGAGCUGAGCGGCCGCGCCGGGCGAUGCGCGUCGCUUCCCGUGUGCGCCCUGGGCGCGCUGGGCCUCGCCGUGGUGGCCUGCUCGCUGCCGUGGGCGGACUUGCCCGCGGCGCCGGGGCCGCUCGGCCGCACCGUGCUGCGAGAGCCGCCGCAGGCCGCCGCCGCGGCACCCGCUGCCGCGCCGCCCUCGGAGGCCGGCGGCGCAGCCAGAGGGCUGCGCUCCGCGAUCGAAGGCCUUCUGCGGCAGCAGGAGGCGCUGCGGGGGGAGCGGCGCUGCGCCGAGGCGGACCUGCUCGAGGGGAACAUCUCCGCUCUGGUGGAGGAGCUGGUCCGGCGGGGGGGCGAGCGCGUGGGGCAGGUCUGCGGUGCCGGCCUGCUCUAUUCGCCCGAGGGCGGCAGCGUGCCGCUGCAGCACGUCGCAGGGCAGCACGCGGGGCAGCUCCCCAACGACUGCCGGCGGGCGUGUGCUGAGGCUGACGGGUGUGCGUGUUUCACGUGGACGGCGUUGCGCCUCGAUGGGGCGGCUGGUCCUGUCUGCAAUCUCUAUGCAUCGUGCAAGAAUGCAUCGGCUUCGCAAGGAGCGAUGACCAUCUCGGGCCACAAGAGCUGCACCCCGCCGUCCGCAGAGGCGUUACUUUGCAGGGGGCUCCACGGGCCGACGGCACGUUCUCGUAGACCAAGGAACUACACAGACGAAGAGGUGCAUGAGGCGGCGCAUGCCGCGCUGCGAGCAGUUCCGAGCGCCUUCAGGGGCCCGUCAUUCAAAGUCGCCUCUGGCGCACUCUUGCUGUACAUCCUCACCAGCACUGGAGAAGGCAUGCUCGAGAAGGCGGGCAUCAUGCUCGCCGCCAUCCGGAAGCGCGUGGGCUCAGCGGCCGUCGAGCACGCCUUCGUGUGCGAGCGCGAGUGUGCCUCCAGUGCUGACAGCAGCUUGGGCAGCUUCGUGGAGCUGCCAGACGUGCUGUGGAACCCGCCGACCUGCAAGAGGAUCCACAAUGACAGCGGCCAGCCGUGCUCCCGGUAUGCCAUUUCCUCGAUCAAGUUCGUUUAUGGCAUCAUCCACGAGGCUCUCCGGCUGGACGCCGCCGGCCGUGCGCAGCCCCGAUGGUGGCUGAUCAAGGACGACGACACGUUUGUGCACGUGCCCAACUUCCUGCUGGCCGUGGCGGAGGGCUCGCGGAACGACCGCGAGUGGGGCACCCCGGGCACGCCGAUUUGGGAGCAGCUGAUCGCCGCGGCCUCCCUGAUGCCCGGCUGUGGCGGCACCCCCUGCGGUGGAGGCGGGUUCGUGCUCAGCGGGGCCCUCGGGCUAGAGCUGGCGAAGAGAUGGGGGGCGAGGUGGCUGGAGAAGCAGCUGAUGGCCAUGGAGCGCCCUCAGUAUUUUCUACGACAGGCACAUUCAGAAGGUCGUGUCCUGGGCAGAGGGCGCGAAGUUCAAGGACAUGCGGGAGCUCGAGCCAGGGGCGCCGGUGAACCAGGUGUGCAAGACCGGGCGCAAGGGCUACCCGGAGUGGGCGGGGCCUUGUUGGAACCUGUCUUACUGCAAGUGCGCCAGAUCGGAGCACCCAGCCACGUGGCACCUGGUGAAAAUGUUGGUCCCACAGAUGCAGAAGGUCCUGGGGAAGCUGGACGCUGCAGAGGGUCUGGGGGGCGCCGCGCAGACGAAAAAAUCCUAAGCUGGCGUCGCGUCUUCACUUGGGGGGAGAAGAGGAGGUAUGGAGGCAGCAGGUUUACGGUAAGGCCGCGGAGGUCCACAGAGAGGCAAGCUCAGUGA